AUCAUUAAUUCAAUAAGAGUAUCCAAAAUUCCUGGUUCAUCUUUAUUCUUAAAAGCAAUAAAUCCUUUGGAAUGACAUGUCUCAACUAAAAAUCCUACUGGUGAGCCUCCUUCUUCUUAACUAAACUGUUUGAACUUAUUUUAAAUAGAAGAGCCAGUCUACGUUCCCGCUGGCAUUCAAACCGCAUUUAGAUUCUGUACAAUAGUGUGUUAAUAAGAAUGAAUUCCAAAUGGAAAAGCUGCGAUGAAGUCUUGCGUGUAAGCAUGAAUUGAGAUACGUUUCACAGGAUCAAAGAUUCCAUGUUUCAAGGCUACGAAAAAACUUUAGGCGUAUUUUAUUGAAUACGUAAAUCGUCAGUUUUAGUCUAACAGGGGCAUCUUUAAUAUUUGCCCGUAGCAUCCAAUCUAUCGGCUUAUUCGUGGUCUUAUCGCUAACAGGUAAUAACACAGUAAAAAAAGCUUCUGUCAUAGGACGUUCUAACCCCACGUUCUACUAAAGAUCUAAAACCUUACGUCAAAAUUAGGGAGAUUCCGAUGACCAAAUUUUUAUCACCAAAGUUCAGAUAAAAAAAAAGAAAAAAGCGGAGAGGCAAAAGAGUGAUUUAUGUGAGCAUUACAUACAACACCUGCAGCCUUUUUAAACUCCACUGCCCGGCACUAUUGCGAUGCUUUUAAUUUUGAGUUUGAUUUAUGUCCACUUUGUAAAACAAACAGUCUGAAAAUGCUCGCUUGAGCGGCCAAUUACAGUUUCUAAUUGGCAACCUCUAUGCUAAAACCAAAAUAGUUAUAAUGAAUCAUUUCAAAACAGAGCAGCUGUCACUGUCAUGGCCAUUCAAUUCAUUUGAUCAGUUUUACCUCAUGGACAGAGAACCUUGAAGGUAUGUUGAAUUUGGUCGCUCUGAAUUUUCAUCUAUAGGUUCAAUUGUCCAAAUAUCACUAAAAAUUGGGAAAUUCUUCACGGGAACUGCAAAUAUCUCAGUGAGUUAAAACAUAACGUUCCUGGCUAAGGCAAAGUACAGUCUGAUUUCAUUUUCAUCUCUUUACUCAUAAUCCUUACAUCACCGUUGAAGAGAAACUAUAAAAAGAAAUCAGUAUAUUACUAACAAUUGCGCAACUAUUUCAAACUUAACAUAAAUGUAGAUCACACAAGAAGGUAAUAAUCUCAUUUUUUGCCGCUUGUCGUUAAUUUCAUGUUUCACUUCUCUAAUAAGUCACGAUCACCAGCAGGUAUUCUGAUCAAGUUUGGAGGUUUAUUUGUUAAUAGCGGCAUUCCGCUGCGAGUUGAAAUGAAAGAAAUGGAGGGCACGUUUAGCAACGAAACAAACCACACAUCUUCAAUGAAUGGAAGUACCGCGCCAUUGCCACCAACGUUUCCAGAAUACCUUCACCAGCCACUGUGGGCCCAUGUGUUCCAAAUCACCCUGUGGUCAACUGUGGUAUUUCUGGGAGUUAUUGGCAACCUCUUGGUGUGCACUGUAAUACUCAGACGACCCAGGAUGAAGACGACGAUGAAUUAUUACUUGCUAAGCUUGGCCGUUGCAGACUUAGGAGUCUUAAUAUUAAUCUAUCCUGUGGCUGUGCUAAAAUACUUAAGACCAUUUCGAUGGGUGCUAGGAAAGCCGGCAUGUUUAUUUAUGGUUCCUACACAGGAGAUCUUCUUUGGAUCCUCCAUCUGGUCCAUAACAGCAAUUGCCAUCGAGAGAUACCGAAAUAUAAUUGGCUCUAAGCGAUACCAGCUAAAUCGCGGGUCUCGAACAACAACCUGGUUGGUUAUAAUGGGCGUCUGGUUGGCAUCAUUUUUAGUCUCAUGCGUUCCUCUUUACCCCGUUAUUACCUACGAGCCCUCUAUCCCAUUAUGCUAUCCCGAUUGGUCAGAUAAUUAUGGAGGAUAUGCUGUUUUUGUGUCUUACUCGGUAGCUCUUAUUGUGGUUUGGUAUGCCCUUCCUCUCUCUGUUAUCGCAUUCACGUACAUAAGAAUCAAGAAUCGUGUACAUCGUAGUGCUGUGUUCCGACAGUCGAUGUCAAUUGGCGAUGAAAAGGAAGAAACUCUCUCGUUCCAGGCUCCAACAAACCACGAUAGAUCUCGUCAAAGAAUAUGGCGACAGAGCAACAAAGCAAGACAGAUUCUUACCCCACUUGUUGUAUUAUUUGCCGUGACAAUGUUCCCGCUGACCGCCUUUCGACUCCUAAUACUCAUCAAGCCCAAGGUUUGGACCAGCCCCUACUAUAACCUGUUAAUGGGCCAAGUAACAUUAUUCGUUAUGGUCAACUCCUCAGCUAAUCCACUUGUGUAUUACAUCACAAGUAAAGAGUUCAAAGAUGCACUCAAGGAAUUGUUUAAAAAAAGGCUUUCCCAGUCAUGGAGACAGUGCAGUGACAAAGGAGGUAAAGCAUCAUCUAUCUCGAGAACGACAGGCGUUUAAGGACAAAAUCAAGAAGCAGCAGCAGAUAAAACACGAUGGUAACGACACACAUUGCCAAAAGUUACGCUGCCUGCAGCUUGCUAGGAGCCUGGCUCGGGUUGUUCGAGAUAACGCUAUCCACUUGAUAAAUCUCUUUCCGUUGGAUAGCGAAAUACCUUUUGUACUCUGGAGAGCGUUUUAUCCGGUGGAUAGCGUUAUGCGUGCUUUGAACAACUGGGCCCUGAAGAAAAUACUAUAUUUCGAUUCAAGUGGAUGGAUAAAUUUUUUAUGAAGAUGGAACAGCCAAUGGAUCGGCCAUUUUAGACCGGGGAAGUGGAUCUCUGAUGUACACCUGCUUAUGUUAACAGUCUUGGAAAAACCGUCCAUAUUUAAUUCAAGUAGUAGGAUUAAGUUGUCAUUUCAAGAAACUGGAGUAGCAAUAGUAUCGAAGUGGCCAUUCAAAACAGGUGUAAAAAGUUGAGGUGUGGACAAAACAACUUAUUUAUCAACUCUUUCACUCCAGGAAAGUGGCUAUCAAUGUAUGCCUGUAGAUGCAGAAAAACACUUCAUUUACAUUCAAGCUGUUUGAUAAAGUUCUCACGAGGAUAAAGUAACUUCUUGUGGGAAGGGCCAAUCUGAGUGCACGGUGGUUAUCUUUGAUAACAACCGUCUGCCAAGGCCUUGGAAAAAACUAUAUCGUGCAAUUUAACUAAGUGGAUUAGAGUGGCAUGAGGAUAACUGAGCCAACUUAUUUAGCUACGAUAGUGUGGCGUGCAGCGAGUGCUAGGAAGCUGCAACUGUACGAAGAAUCUAACCACUCUAUUUAAGUAACCGAUCAAUCAUUUGUUACAGGCAAAGAAAGUUAAAAGCGCAGUGCAGUACUAGCUGUAGUCAAUACCGAAAAAAAAGUUGAAAACGUUGGAAUUAAGAGCAAAAACAUUGACGUUUUCAGACGUAUUUGUUUAGUUCAUGAAUAAUAUACUUUCAACAUCCCUUUAGAAAUACCUUUUGAAAACAACAUGCAUCAAACCAUGCAAA